AUGGACUCCGAAGCGGACACGGAGUCGUAUCUUCUCUUGUUGCUGUCGGACGGAAACUUGCCUACGGGAUCGUUUGUCGCCUCUUCAGGCCUCGAAUCUCUCUUCGCUCAUGCUCUCGCCACGCCACAUCCUCCAACCAAUGGCCCGGGAAUGACGAAAGCCCACUCGGACCCACUACUGGCAAUCACCUCCUCCAUCCGUGAUAGUCUCUCCUCCUACGCCCGUAGCGCCAUCCCUUUCGUGCGCGAUACACACCGCGUCGUGGAAGACUACGCUGCCACGAUCUCCUCCGAUGACUCGGACGCACUCGAUCGAGCAUUGGAGGGCUUACUAGAGCUGGACGCCCUCUACGAAUGUUCGACGCUGAACCACGUCGCACGGCGCGCUUCGUCCACGCAGGGCGUCGCCCUCCUCACGCUGUACUCUAAAGGCUUCGCUGUGCCCUCUUUCCUCUCAUCCUCCUCUUCUUCUUCUGCACCUCAAGAAACCAACGCAGAUGCGGAUGCGGAUGGUACGAAACGGAGAGAAGCACGGAUGGCCAGGUUGGUGGAUAGGUUGAAGUUUUUGGUGCGCAGAGGGGAUACACCGGGGCAUUUACCGGUCUGUUGGGGUGUAUUGGCCGGUGCUCUGGGUCUUUCCUUAGCCCGAACAACCCACCUCCACCUCUUCCUCCACGCCCGCUCGCUCCUCUCCGCCGCUAUCCGCAUGAACAUCCUAGGUCCCUACGCGUCCCAACAAAUCCUUUUACAUGUCGUCCGGCCGCUGGUUGAGAGUGAGGUGAAGAGGGUAGGGGGGGUUAGGACGGGGGUGCUGUCGCGAUCGAUGCGGUUGGGGGACGAAGAAGGCGAUAUUUGGGCAGCGAGCUUGCACGGACCCGCCAAUACCUGGCCUCUAGGCGAGAUCGUAGCCGCCCGCCAUGACCUUUUACAUUCCAGAAUAUUCAACAGUUGA